GGUGUGUCGCUCCAGUGUGUCUUUAGCUCUUGACAAGGUUGGUCGCGGUUCUGGUGCUCCCUCCGACACGGCAGCGGCUCUAGAUCUUGGCUGUUUCUUUCUCUCUCUGUCUCUGCAUUCGCUCGAGGAGACCGUGUCCUUGCGUGGGCGGUUUCCAGACACUUCGAACGUUCUUGCGUUUGCUAUGGAAACACGUCGUCCGGUGUGAAAGUCGCUUCAAAUAGCGAGGUCAGCGACCCAAGUUUUUGUGCUUGCAAAAGGAGUUCCCAACAAGUGGGGCUUAUGUGUUUUGAGUGCUCUGUGCAUGCGAGCUCGUGAGAAUGCAUAUUUUGUAUGAAUGAGUGCUUGCACUACCUGUAUUCCUGAAAAAAAAAAACUGGAAAAUGGAAUUUGACGGGUUAUAUAGAUUUCGUAGGAUUUAUGAAAAAAUUUUUUUCUAGAUCAGUUCGAGUUUAAUACGUGUCCAGUGUCCGUUAAAAGAGCGUCGCUUUAGUAGUUGAGACCGCUAGAGACAUACAGAGAAGCAAACAAUCUGUUCCAUGCUGUGUGUAUGUGUAUGUGUGUGUGUUUGUGCCAGAGAUAGAGGAAGAGACAUUGGAACCAGAUUUUGACUAGGCGUGACAUGAUCCUCCUCAUCGAUGUUGAAAGCUUUCGAAAAAAAGUUUCCUUGCUUUAACUGAUUUACGUACAUGCUAAUUCAAAGUGAUUGACGAGAGGCGGAGAGAGAGAGAGAGAGAGAGAGAGAGAGAGAGAGAGAGAGAGCUGUUUUGGGGAAAGGGGUACUGGGGAGUGCGAGAAAGCAUCGAGUUUUUAGAAAAGAACAGAGAAGAAAGAAAAAAAUCAUCGCUGUACUCGAAUGAAAGAUUUGGCGAAUUCCUUACGUCUUGAAUAAGAAAAGAAAUAAGUGUUUUGUGUUUGUUUCGCUUCAGCAGAAAUAAGGCCAUCAAGCAAACAGAACAGCUGUUCCAUUGGUUUGUUUGCGCAUUGUUUGUGAAGAGUAACAUGUAACGUUGAGGUGGAGGAAGUCGUUAAAGAUAGGAUUGCAAUCUACGUGUGUGUUGUAGUCUCUUUGGAGGAGGCCCCUCACGCAGGACCAAAAGGUUGGUGCCCACACGAUGAGAGUCGUAAAUGUAGAGGCAUUCAUCAUACCCUACACCUCCUCCUCAUCAUCUACAUCCUUGCCAACAUCUGUGUGUCCUCGACACCCUACCCAUCACCUGCAUCUGCAUCUCCAUAGCAAUUCCUACCUUGAUCUUUCCGUCUUCUUCAUCAGCUGCCACUUCGCCCUCUAGUGUGUCUCUUUCUGAUCAGACGCCAUGGUGGGUUGGCCAGCGCGAUGGAUGUCAAGCGUCGGAAGGGAGCAGCCAAAUCACCACUCUGGUCUCGACGUGACAGACCACGUUCCUGUUGGCCUCGACCUGUCCAGGGCCCCGAUCUCCACACCCACGCCCCCUCUUAAUCGCGCUCCUGACAGUCACAACGCCCCCCAAAAUCACGCUGACCUUCCGCUGGAGUCAUCGAAGAACCUCAUCCAUAGCCUGAAGGUGAAGAAAGUCGGCCAUAGCAGUCCUUUGCUGGAGGAGAAGUUUCCUUAUCAUAAAGACGUAGUCAUCCUUCAUCCCCAUCCUCCCGCUGUCCCGUCGUGUUCGAGGACGACUCCUUCUUGCCUUUCCGGGUCUCGAGCACCAGAGGAAGACAACCACGUACAGCCUCCGCCAGUUUCUUCCUGUGGCACUGAGGCUGUAGCGCCCUCACGCGGGAACACCAAAACCAAUAACCAUUCCUGCCCGUGCAACGCUUCUUCCACGCCCUCGGUGCCACCCACUUCGCUGAACGGCACGUCGCGACCUUCUGAAGGCACGCAGGUCUCCCAACACAUCAAUGAUAAUAGUGUAUGGGAAGACGGUGCAACAGAAACCUCGCCUCUCACCACCACUAACGGUGAAGUCGGCCGCUUCAGGGUUAACGGGGUAGCUGUGAUGGCGGCAGCUAAAGAAGAAACUGUGGCGGAAGCAGAAGAGGAGGAGGAAGAAGAAGGGGAGGGGGAUGCAGGAGAGGGAGAGGAUGAGGAGGAGGAGGAGGAGGGGGAAGACAACGAUACGAAAUGUGGGCUGGGAAAAUGGUGUUCGCCGCCCUGUGUUCAAAGACUGGCUAAUAAACAGAUGUUUCUUAUGGUGUUUUGUUUAACGUCUGUGCUACAGGGAAUGUUUUACACGUACUUUGUCAGUGUACUCACGACCAUAGAAAAGCUUUUUCAACUGAAGAGUAAAACCACUGGGAUUAUUAUGAGUGCCACGGAGAUGGGUCAGAUUGGCGGUGCUCUGUUGCUUACCUAUUACGGCGGGCAUGGGCAUCGACCCAAGUGGAUAGGGUGGGGUAUAGUGCUGUUUGCCUUCUGUGCUCUCCUCUGCUCGUUGCCCCACUUCUUGUUCGGACCAGACUUGCUAAAGAAGCACAUAGAGAUGACCUCUUCGGAGGGCAACCCUUUGGACAUGGCUAAUACUUGUAAGUUGCCGCAGACUAAUGUAUCCGUAUUAGUGCCAUUAUCAGGAGGGGCGGGGACAUGGGUGCUCGACUUCAACAGUGACAAUCGUUCUUUACCAGAGAAACUUCCUGAAGAAGGACCCUGUGAAUCAAGUGAUAGUUAUGGGGUUUUAGCCAUUUUCUUCCUCUCUCUCUUGGGCGUGGGCAUCGGGCAGACUGCUGCCUACAAUUUGGGCAUCCCUUACAUCGAUGACAACGUCGAUAACCGUGAAACGCCGCUUUACUUCGCUGGAACGAGCGGAGUCAGAAUUCUGGGUCCAACGUUAGGUUUUGUAUUAGGGUCUGUUUGUACUCGUCUCUACGUAAAUCCUAUGACGGAUCCUGGCAUCACCACCAAUGAUCCCAGAUGGAUUGGUGCUUGGUGGUUAGGAUUAGUUUUUGUGUCUGUGGCUUUAUUCCUGACGAGCACAGCCAUGUUUGCCUUUCCUCGUCGUUUGCCAUCAUCACCUAAGGCAGUACGCACAGUUUUCAAAGCUCCACUUCGCAAUCCUUCUCUGAGAGAUUUCCCACGAGCAGUGCGGCGACUUUUGAAGAAUGAAAUCCUCAUGUUACGCACAGCUAGCAGUGUUUUGCAUAUAUUACCUAUCGCUGGCCUGUACACAUUUCUUCCGAAGUACCUAGAGAGCCAAUUUCGCCUUCCUGUUCACAGUGCAGCUAUGGUGUCAGGUAUUGGAGGUAUUCUUGUAAUGGGCGUGGGUAUCUUUGCAAGUGGAGUGUUAAUUAGAAGAGCUAAACCUACUGCAAGAACUGUUUCUGGAUGGAUUGCCUUAACAGCUCUUGUAUACUCAAUUGGAAUGAUAAUACUGAUGUUUGUUGGGUGUACCCCUGAUGACUUUGUUGACCUGGAGGAAAGUGAAAGUCAAGGGAAGCACUUCACCUUCCCAUGUGAACGCAAAUGUGGCAAUUGUGACAAUAAUUUAUAUGCCCCAGUUUGUGAUUCCGAGAAGAAGACUCAUUUUUCUGCUUGCCAUCUAGGUUGUAGAAAUGCUACUAUCGGUGCAGGCUCAAAUAGACUCCUGUUCUCAGACUGUGAGUGUUUGGCAGAGGGUGCAACAGCAGAACUACGUUUAUGUGAACUGAAUUGUAGUAAUUUUGUAUGGUAUGUCAUAAUAUUUUCCUUUUUCGUAUUAAUACAUUCCACAUCAGAAGUUGGCGGAAUGUUAGUAACUCUACGUUGUGUGGAUCCUAAAGAUAAGGCCAUGGCACUUGGGCUGAUAUCUGUAGCAAUUGGCCUUUUUGGAAAUGUUCCAUGUCCUAUUAUUUAUGGUUCAGUAGUCGACUCCGCUUGCAUUCAGUGGAAAGUAAGGUGCAAAGAGAUGGGUGCAUGUCAACUUUAUGAUUCUGAUAUUUUUAGAAUGUUCUUCCAUGGUAUAACAGGUGCUGUAAUGUUGCUAGCAUUUAUAGUAGAUGUUGUAGUAUGGCACAAAGCUAAGUCUGUAUCUUUUAAUGAAGAUGAGGAAGGUCAGGAGGAGGCAACGCUUAUGAAUCCUCCAUCAUUAUCGCAGUCUCCAUCUACACCACCUGUGGUAAUUGAGCCAACUCCAACCACCUCCACAGCUGUUGAGAUUUCACCUGUUGGUUCCACAAGUGAAGAAGCCUCAGUUAGUCAAGAAGGUGUUCAACCUGAAUCUUGUGUUUAAAAGUAACGACAUUGUUUGUCAUAUGUUGGAGGCUGUGAAAUCUUCAAUGUUGUAUUUUUUAAGGCAAGAUUCAAGAGAUUAAUACUGUACUGUAUAUGAAAAACAGAAACGCUUAAUUACUUUUGUAAGUGGCAUAGCUUUGCUCCAAAGUACAAAGGGAAAAUUUUCCAGUAUAGUUAUAAUUAUUAACUUGGCAGAAGAACUCCCCGUGCCUUGCACCUUAUUAUAUUCAAGGAGCUCUUUGCUAUUUUAAAAGGCAUAUAACUCCCCUAGUCCUCAGAAAUGAGACAGAAUUUGUGGUUGACCAAAAUAAAAGAAACACAAAUUUAAACAUUCCCUUAUCCCUUCAACUCAGUUUUUGUAAAGUACUUGAAAAUAAAACAGAAAAGAUUAAC